GUGAUUCCGAAGUUCUGUCCGCGUGGAUUCGCUCCCUGGAGGUGUGGCGUCGCGGCCGCUAAGAUGACCAAAAUAAAGGCCGACCCCGACGGACCCGAGGCUCAGGGGGAGGCUUGCGGCGGGGAGCGCACUUACCACGAACUGCUGGUGAACCUGAAUCCCAUCGCGCAGCCCCUGGCUUCUCGCCGCCUCACGCGGAAGCUCUACAAAUGCAUCAAGAAAGCUGUGAAACAGAAGCAGAUUCGGCGCGGGGUGAAGGAGGUUCAGAAAUUUAUCAACAAAGGCGAGAAAGGGAUCAUGGUUUUGGCAGGAGACACAUUGCCAGUGGAGGUAUACUGCCAUCUCCCAGUCAUGUGUGAAGACCGCAAUUUGCCCUACGUCUACAUACCCUCCAAGACGGACCUGGGGGCAGCAGCAGGCUCCAAACGCCCCACCUGUGUGAUAAUGGUCAAGCCCCAUGAGGAGUACCAGGAGGCCUAUGAUGAGUGCCUGGAGGAGGUGCAGGCUCUGCCCCCACCCAUGUGAAGGACUUGGGCACCUGCUCCGGAAGCUGUUGGGAAACCAGCCUGCUGUCCUGCUACCCACACUCGCAGCAUCUCCCCCGUCCCGAGGCACAUAUUCUUCCCAGGCAGCUAUUUCAUGAAGGAAAAGCAGUAUCUUCUCCAGAGCUGUUUGCCUGUGAGCUUCAAUGAAGACAGUUCCAACAAUGUGGUGUGGGGGAAGUAAAUGCUAAGACUAAAAUGUGGUGAGGCUGUGGGUGUUUUCUUAAGCAGCAGCUGGUAGUGGGGCUGAGAUGGUGGGCAAGAACAAGGGGAAGCAGCCUUUCUUAUCAGAGAUCACCAAGGACUUUACAAGUGUUCGCUCCUAUGCCAGGCUGCCCAGAGUGGGUGUUAGACUCAAGCCAGGAAUGGAUUCUGGGCUGCCCACCCCCAAGCUUUUGACUCCCACUUCCAGAAUCAGUGGGUGCUGCAGGAUAAGGUGGCCAAGCCUAGAUUCUGCACAGAAGCCUGCAGCCCCUAUGUUGGGACACCCCCAUUCAUCAUUUUGCUCCCUGGGAGCCAUAAAUGCCACUGGGAAGCUUAUGGAAGCAAUUUACCCACCUACACAGUACAUUUUAAAUAGGAACCUGAAGCUGAGUACAAAACUCCAGGCCAUCUCUCCUGCGUGGUAUCACGGGCCCUGAUAGCCCAAUCCUUUCAGACAUUUUAGACUUUCACAAAGGGCCUUCCAGCUUUUCGGACACCCCCUUCUCCCCCCAAACUUAGUGCACACAGCAAACAAGCUUAGGCACCCUGGAGAAAAAAACUAGACAGAGCUUGGGCUUGAGGCUCAGAUCUAGUUUAAACACCAAGCUCUCCUUUACAAAGUCUGAUGCUUGACUGUACAAGUCUUUUCAUUUUCCUUAACCCCCUGUACUGAUUUCAGAUGAGUAUUUAUGAAUGUGUAAAAGCACCUUGCACAGGGCUCCACAUCUUACAGGGUUUUCUCCCUGUCAGAUGCAGGGUGGAUUCUUUCUG